AUGUCCCCCGUCGAUAACAAGAAGCAGAUCAGCAACGCUCUUUCGGCGUUGGACAAGUCCAACAAGCCCAAAGUAGAAAAUCAAAGGCGAGAUUUGACUCUUUAUGUAACAGAGGAAGGCGAAGAACUAUGCACCACGGAGCGAGUGGUGAAGCUGGUGAAGCCACCAGCGUCCUUCAAGCCGCUGGAUGAGCAGGUGUUCUUGCCCAAUGGGAUGCCUAACUGUGAAUUCAUUAAGGACCAUUUUUUCAACGAGGGGAGGCUUCAGCACCACCAGGCUUCGAGAAUUAUUCAGGCAGCCACUGAGCUAUUGAGCCAGGAACCAAAUAUGUUGAGCGUGGCUGCACCAGUGACAGUGUGUGGAGACAUCCACGGACAAUACUAUGAUCUCAUGAAGCUUUUCGAGGUGGGUGGGGAUCCGAAGAAUACCAGAUAUUUAUUUUUGGGCGACUACGUGGAUAGAGGCUCUUUCUCGAUCGAGUGCUUGAUUUACUUGUAUGCGCUUAAGUUGACUUACCCAGACACCUUGUGGAUGCUCAGGGGAAAUCACGAAUGCAAGCACUUGACCGAUUAUUUCACCUUCAAGUCAGAGUGUCUCCAUAAAUACUCCGAGGAGAUCUACGAGGAGUGCUUGGCCUCCUUCAAUGCGUUGCCCCUUGCGGCGAUCAUGAACAAGCAGUUUUUCUGUGUCCAUGGGGGCAUUUCGCCUGAGCUCAAGCUGUUGGACGAUUUGGUUCGCUUGGACAGGUUCAGAGAGCCUCCUACGCGUGGUCUCAUGUGUGACUUGCUUUGGGCAGACCCAAUUGAGGACUACGACGAGGAUAACAUUGACCAGUCGUUUAUGCGUAACACGGUUAGAGGUUGCUCUUACGCUUUCACUUACAAGGCCAGCUGUCAGUUCUUGGAGCGUACAGGUCUUCUAUCGAUUAUUCGUGCCCACGAAGCACAGGACGCCGGCUAUCGAAUGUACAAGCGCACGAAAACUAUGGGGUUCCCGUCUCUUUUGACCAUGUUCAGUGCGCCCAACUACUUGGAUACAUAUAACAACAAGGCUGCAGUGCUCAAGUAUGAGAACAACGUGAUGAACAUCCGCCAGUUCAACGCUUCCCCGCAUCCUUACUGGUUGCCUCACUUUAUGGAUGUCUUUACGUGGUCCCUCCCGUUUGUGGGUGAGAAAAUCACCGACAUGUUGGUAUCCAUCUUGAACAUAUGCACCGAAGAAGAGCUUGAAGAGUCCAACCUGCUCGAUGAGCUUGAACAGAGUUCCCCGAUCAAGGCCCACGGCCAAGGGCUCCCCGAAUCUGCUACACAGGUCGUGACGGAAUCAGACGACAGCUUGGAAGAGAAGAGACAGGCAUUGAGAAACAAGGUUCUUGCCAUUGGUCGUGUGGCCAGGAUGUAUCAAGUUUUAAGAGAAGAAGCCGAGAACGUGGCUCAUUUGAAAAAUUUGAACGAGGGCACACUUCCCAAGGGUUCGUUAAUGCAUGGUCGUGAGGGUUUGGAGAAGACGAUCUCUGAUUUUGAAAAGGCUAGAAAGGCAGACUUAGUCAAUGAGAAGUUACCUCCAACUAGAGAAGAACUUAAGCAGAUGGAAAGCGAGAGACAAGCAAAGAUCAGAAAGAACAUUGAAAGCUCCAGCUCCUCUUCUCCAGUAUUUCAAAGGCUCAUGAGAAAACUCUCUGGAUAA